AUGCAAAAUACAAAAGUGUUAAAUGAAAGCAAUGAUAACGAAUCCAGUGGUAGUGAUGUGUUUGCGCCAAUCACAAAGCGUGCAAGGCGUAGGAUUAUAGAUGAGAGUAGUGAAGAGGAAGGUACGACACAACAAUCAUGGAUUUGGCAGGAAGUAAAAAACACACCAAUAGUUUGGAAGUAUUCUGAACAUCAUGGAAUAAAAGCGUCUGUUUUAAAUAAUUUAAGCAACAAUUCAAGAAUAUUAGACCUUUUUUUUAUUAUAUUUGAUAACAAGUUUUGGGAAAUACUGGUUACGGAAACAAAUCGCUUCGCACAACAGACAAUUCACAACGAGCAUAAAAGACGGCAUGUGGACGACACUUGGUAUCCUGUUACCUUAGACGAAAUGAAGACCUAUUAUGCACUGUGCAUUUUGAUGGGUCAAGUGAAAAAAUCAAAUAUUCAACUGUAUUGGACUAAAAGAGCUGUAGUAGAAACGCCAAUAUUUGGACAAACGAUGCCUUUUAAGAGAUUUCGGCAAAUUUCGAGAUUUUUACAUUUCUCUGAUAAUGCAACUGCUGAUAGUAAUGACCGACUUCGCAAGAUAAGACCUAUCAUCAACCUUUGGAAUGAAAAAUUUAAAGAAAUUUACACACCCAAUGAAUAUGUCAGUAUAGACGAAUCUCUAAUGAAAUAUAAAGGGCGUUUAGCGUACAAACAAUUCAAUCCGUCGAAAAGAGCUCGAUUUGGAUUAAAAAUUUACAAAUUGUGCGAGGCAAGUACCGGUUUCUGUCACGGAUUUAAAAUAUAUACCGGCCAGGACAAAAUUGAUCGAAAUGAUAGUGCAUCGGAGAACGUUGUGAUAGAGCUGUCAUAA